AGUUAAUUAGGGACUGAGUGGAGGCUGGAGGUGGUGCCAAAAAUCGCAGCGCCUGCCUCCUCCUCCUCCAUUCGAUCUCACAGAAAAAAAAACCCUAGAAAAAAAACUAUAUAUUUGUAAUUUCUAUCUCUCGUCGAUCUCGAACUGUGGCUGGAUCGCUCGGAGUUCAUCUUCUUUGGCUCUCUGAUCGAUCCUCUUGCUCUUCUUCCUACAAAUCCAGGAGGCUGACGGAGAAGCAUUUCAAUAUUCCAGAAUUAUUUGGAAAUUUAUCUGAGAUUGAAAUGACUCAACAUUGGGAUGUUGAUGCAAAGUUUACAGAUGAGUCUACUUCCUCUGCUAGCUCCGAUCCUCAACCUUCAUUUCAUCCUAACUUGAGACCAAGAAAUGUUUUUCGGUUGUUAGCCUUGAGGGAGAUAUCUCCUCGCAGCAAAAACUCUUCGAAAAGGUUUUGGAAUCAGACUUCAAAAGUGAGAAUUGAUGAGUACAGGCCUAUAUAUGAAAUAAUAGAUGCAAGACAUGCUCUUCUUUCCUGGGUGGAAGCAGAUUCUUUGGGGAAUUUGACAGCGAAGUAUUGCUCUCUUUUGCCUCCUCCAAGAUCAACAAUUGCUGCAGCAUUUAGCACUGAUGGGAAAAGGCUUGCGUCUACUCAUGGUGAUCAUACUGUUAAAAUCAUGGAUUGCCAAACUGGAAGUUGUUUAAAGGUUUUGAGCGGUCAUAGGCGAACACCUUGGGUGGUUAGGUUUCAUCCAUUGCAUUCAGAGGUACUUGCUAGUGGAAGCUUGGAUCAUGAAGUUCGGCUAUGGAAUGCAAAUACUGCUGCUUGUAUUGGAUCACAUGACUUUUACCGUCCUAUUGCUUCAAUUGCUUUUCAUGCUCAAGGAGAAGUUAUUGCUGUAGCAUCGGGUCAUAGGCUUUUCAUGUGGCACUACAAUAACAGGCGUGGAGAGUCAGCUUCCCCAACCUCUGUGCUGAAGACAAGGCGCUCACUGAGGGCAGUUCAGUUUCACCCAUUUGGUGCCCCUUUACUGUUGACAGCUGAGGUUAAUGAUCUUGAAUCGCCAGAUCAUCAAUUGACCUUAGCAACCACUCCUGGUUAUCCCCACUAUCCACCUGCCAUUAUCUAUAGAAACAUGAAACAGAGUACCAAUACUUACGACGAGACUAGAUUGUCUUUUACACCCUCUCCUUACAUUUCUGAGCCCACAUUUCUAAGAGAUAGUAGGCAACGUCUGCAGCAGUAUGACAUGCCAACUGGUUCAGUUAAUUGGCAUCAACGAGCAGAGUUUUCUCAACAGCAAGCGUAUUCAAAUACGGGAAGCCAUCAUCAUAGCCUCGCAAUGCCUAUGGAGGUGUGUUUUGAUCCUUAUGGUUCAUAUCUUCCAGCAGAAAAUCUUCCUUUAUUGUAUGGGGUGGAUGUAGCAACUGGUUAUUCUGGUUCUGGAAACACGGAAAAUAUCAAUUGGCAGCAUACAGUCAGGAGUCAGCUUAGCCCCUCUGCUCGUGUUAAUGAGAGGAUGGAUGCAGCUCAUAAUGACGAACCAUCUAUUUACCAAGGGACUGCUACGGCAGCAGAGAGAUCUAAUGGCCUACAUGGGCGAAGUGUUCGGAGUACUACAGCGAUAAAUUUAUCAAACUUCACCGGCAACAGAGAAUUCAGUACGCCUAUGAUGAGUGUUAGUCAUGGCAACUUUCAUCCGUAUAUUCCAUUCAAUGAUGUAGAUUCCUGGCAGCUUCCAUUCCUGCAGGGCUGGGUAAUGGGUCAAACCCAUGCUGGCCUGCAGGCAAUGCUGCCUGUUAAUAGUGCUUUCCAAGGAUCGAUACCCUCUGGAUCAGGCUCUGAACUUGCAGCAUCUGAUCUACCUCUUAGGCAUAGUGUGGGAACUGCAUCAGCUUCUUCAGCAAUGACUACUCCCAGUCGUCGAAGGGACAAUGGGCGAAAUUCUUGUCAACACCACUCACUCUCUCGGCUGAUGUUUUUGACAGAUCCCAGAGAAGCUGCUACGGAAAUGCCUUGUACUGUGAAGUUGAGAAUAUGGGCGCAUGAUAUACAGGUCCCAACUGCCCCUCUUGAUCCAGAGGGGUGUCUCUUGACAAUUCCACAUGCUGUCCUCUGCAGUGAGAUGGGUGCACACUUCUCUCCAUGUGGGCGAUUCUUAGCUGCUUGUGUUGCAUGUGUUCUUCCUCAGUUGGAAGGGGAUCAUGGAUUACAGUCGCAGAUGAACCCUGAUGCUUUAGGAGCUGCUACAUCCCCUACACAGCAUCCUCUUUCAGCUCACCAAGUAAUAUAUGAACUUCGCAUUUAUUCCCUAGAGGAGGCAACCUUUGGUUCCAUUCUGGCUUCAAGGGCUAUUAGAGCUGCUCAUUGUUUGACUUCUAUACAGUUUGCACCUACAUCGGAGCACUUGUUAUUAGCUUAUGGUCGUCGUCAUGGUUCACUACGUUGGAGAAAUGCCAUCAAUGAGGAAACUGCAACGGGCACAUACACGAUUAUGGAGAUUUAUAGAGUUUCAGAUAUGGAACUUGUUAGAGUUCUUCCUAGUGCAGAUGAUGAGGUCAAUGUUGCAUGUUUUCAUCCUUUAGCUGGAGGGGGUCUUGUCUAUGGAACAAAGGAAGGAAAGCUUAGGAUCUUUCAGUAUGAUGGUCCGCGUGGCACAGAUUUCACUGGAACAAAUUCUUUGUUUGAGGAGAAUAUGAUGGCGUUGCAGCAGUAUGCUUUAGAAUGUUGAGAGGGUUACUUCCACGUUGUUGGAGGUUUUUGCUCAAACUUAUGUGGUAUCUGUUUUCCAUUGUGACUCGUACUUGCAAAUAAUUUGGUAGGAGGUUCUCAAAGUGUGGAAAGGGAGGAGCAAGUGGGGUCAUGGGUGCAAUUCUAGUCUCUGAAACUUCCUGGAGGAAAGCUGAAGGAGCACCUAUGCGUAUGGAGUCAGGAGAACAUUAGCCUUUCUAGUGAAGAAUACCCAGCGUGGGUGUGACUACCCAGUCUGAUGCUCAUACCGGUGUUACCAGUUGUAAAUCCAAAUAUGAUCUGGAGAUGGCAUAGUGUGGUGUAACUUUCACCAGACAAGUAACUACCUCGAUGAUGCUGUAUUAUGUUUCUCUGCCUGUCGGCCUCAUAUGAUGGUGUGUUAGGUUUCUCCACAACUUUGAAUAAGUUAUCUUCUUUACGUGCCUGUUGCGGUUGGUUGGUUGGUU